CGGAUCCCAGGUGAAUGCAAACUUUUAGAAUUGAACAGCCCUCUGAGGUGCAUGAUCCAUGCUGUUGCAAUCAGGCAAGCGCUCCCUGCAGGGCCUCAUUGUACAUUGCGCCCCCCAGUAUAAAUUAAAAACGAUGUAUACGAUACGCCCGGGCCAAACUGACAUCCGAUAAUGCGCUUAGCUGUACUUCUCUGCGUCUUUCUCUACCUUGUUGGAGUCAUCCAAGCUACACCUACAACAAAUGCAACAAAUGCAACUACCAGUAGCGACACUUUGAAAGCCCCAUCAUUCACGACCAGAACUCUAUGGGCAAUUGUCUCUAACUCCGUUAUCACUGUAUAUGCGUGUAUCUACACUGCCAUUCAUCCUAAUAUUCCGAGCCCUAAAGACAGCACCCUUACUAUCCUACGGCGACGGCUUUGGAUCAUGAUAGUGGCACUGUUAGCUCCUGAGCUAAUUGUCGUAUGGACUACACGCCAGUGGCUCAAUAAUACGUGGACUCAAACGCACAGCUUCUUUGUGCUGAUGGGUGGAUUUAUGCUUUAUGUGGACGAGGAACCCUACUGUCCACUACAGCCUAACCACAUGCUCAAACUGAUACAUGAAGGAUGCAUCGACGCCCCUACACUAACUGCAAACGAGAUCAAUGACAAGAGCAAAGGAAAUGCGAUAUCGAAAGGAUUGUUUGUUAUGCAGUUCGUCACCCGCGUCAUCUAUCACCUCAGAAUUACCCAGCUCGAAGUGGGGACAUUCAUAUUUGCGGUUUUCACUUUCCUAACUUAUGCUAUGUGGUGGAACAAACCUCUGGAUGUGCAAUGUUCACAUCCAGUGUACUGGAAGUUGCGCGAGUCAAGGCCAGAGGAUUACAUUGAUGUCCCCGACGCAGACGAACUCAUUCAGCUUGGGAUCUGGGCUCCAGUUUUACGCCCAGCUAUGGAACUACUGGGCUUACUCAUUGCUGUUCCUGCAUCUCGAAAGCUUCGGGUUCGAACACUUGAUGGCAGUGUUAAUCACGGAGAUUCGGACAAGGUAGUUCUUAUACUUGCUGUAGAGCUUCUGGAAACCUUGUUUGGCGUCAUGCAUUGUAUGGCUUGGUCAUUUCACUUCCCCACACCCGAGGAACAGGUACUAUGGCGCAUUAGUGCCGUUGGACUGGCUUGCGGACCCUUACUUUGUAUAUUCGCUGUGUUUAUCUUGAACGCCCUGGAAAUAUCACUUGCGUCUCUUAUCCGGAUCAGUAUAUUAGCACGUACCAUCCUUUUGCUACUUAUGUGCACCACUUUACGCGAUCUUCCUCAUGGCUCAGACGUAUUUGACGUGGUGUGGUGGACUAGUUUAGUGCCGCACUUGUAG